AUGGAACCUUGCAUUACAUUGCCCGAUACCCCCGAUACACUGAUCGUGCGCCGUCUACCGGAAUGUCUAACAGAGCGAGAUUUGAACGAUCUUUUCCGAUAUUUUGGUGCUCAAGCAGUGAGGAAAGAAAAACCAAAGGGAAGGCAAAGGAACAGCACUAUUAUUGUCAAGUUCAAUUCACAUGAGGAUGCAUCAUUUGCACUAACUCGCUUGCAUCAGCUGAAGGUGGUAGGUAAGAGGAUUGUUGCAGAAUAUGCAGACUUCACAAUCUUGCCAGACAUUCCUCAGAUGAACCUACCAGCACCGAAAUCAGCUGGCAAGGAUAAUGGUGUUAAGUAUCCUCCUGCCAAUGAACAGAUAGUGAACAAUAUUGCAGCAGAACUUCUACGAAAUGAUGAUUUUUAUCACAAAGUUUUACAACUCAUGAAGAGUAUUAACUUACCUCCACCUUUCCUACAAGUGCCAAAAGAUCCUGUUGUUAUAGUUGAACCAUCUGAUAUUGAAGAAGUAGAAAUGGAAGAGUUGUACAAAGAAGAUACAGAAGAAUCAGAAUUGGAAACAGAUUCUUCUAUACCUGGAGAAAAAGAAGUCAUUCCUGAUGUAGCUGUCAGACAUAAAAAACUUAAACCAUUGAAAAGGCCUAACAAGUUGAAAAUGCUUAUCAACCCAUCAACACCAGUGAUUCCUGCUAAAGUGAAACCUGCAUUGCCAACUGUUCAAACUAUUUCAGAAAUAUUUGAACAGAAAGAAAUAAGUUCAGCAAAGAAACUUGAGUUUAAGAUAUCUUCAGAAGUUCUUCAUGCCAAAGGUGAUCAGUCAACCGAAGCGCAACAAGGAACAACAGAAAGUUUCGGAACAUUUGCUCCGCUUCCUCCGAGCCAAAACGAACAGCAAAGUGAAGCUCUAGAAAAUCAGGAAGAAGAUUACGAAUUUAUCUCCAAAAGAAAACUUCAGAUAAACAAACUUCAAGAUGAGGAGAUCAAACUUCUUCCUGUCUUCAAGAAUUAUUCGGCUGGCGCUCCUAGUUCACGACUGUACGUGAAGAACUUGGCUAAAACCGUAAAAGAAUCCGACCUGAAGCACAUCUAUGGCCGUUAUGUCUUGUGGACGUCAGAAGAAGAACGAAACAUGUUCGACAUUCGCCUAAUGACCGAAGGUAGGAUGAAGGGUCAGGCAUUCAUCACCCUUCCAAAUGUAGAUCGAGCAAAAGAAGCCCUUAACGAUACCAACUGGGUGAUGCUUCAAGGCAAACCUCUGGUUGUUCACUUUGCACGCUCAGCACAGGCCAACACUACGGGCAGUACCACUUGAUAACCAGCAAUUUCAGUCGUUUUAUUUUUAUGAGCACAGAAAGGAUGAAAAUAAAACAAAUUGGAAGUGA